CGACAGGAAGCUGCUGUGGGGGUAAGCGCGAUAUGUUUGUCGGAAACUUGACACAUUUACAGCAACUCUGAAGAAGGCGUUAGUGACAGUGGUCUUUAUGUUACACAGAGGAGAAACGCUGCUGGGAUUAUCCUCUGGUUCUCUGAGAAGAGCAGAACAAAUGGAAGUACAGGCCCACCUGGGUCAAGUCCUCUCCGGGACUGCACAUCUGUCCUCUGCCAUGGAGUAAUUCUUGGAAAGUUUCUGCCAAAACACGUCAUCUAGCACCCAUUUCGACAUAUUUGAGGCGUGUUACACCUUGCCAGAGUUGGACAAUCACGAUGUUGAGCAUUAAGGCCAGCAGCAGAGGUUAUGAGUGAAAACCAUGAAGCAGCCAGGGAAGUGACCUCUGGUGACACUACAGCCUGAGGGGGCCACUCACCGGCACCAUGGCAUCCAAGGAGAGACUGUACGAGGUCUGGAUGCUCUACUGCACUAAGAGGGAUCCAGACUACUUGAAGUUAUGGCUGGAGAUUUUCACCAGCUCCUAUGAGCAAUGUCUGGAUGUGGACUUUGAAAAGCCACCUUCAAGGCCAGAGGAGGUUCCCCCAGUGUUAACGCUGCUUCCAGACAACAUUCUGCAGGUUUUGCGCCACCAGCUGCUGCAGUGCGUCCAGAAAGCCUCUGAUGGCUUGGAGCCUGAGCAGCAAAAUCUGGCUCUCCUGCUGCUCAAGUUCCUUAUCAUCAUCUGCAGGAACCUGUCCAACGUGGAGGAGAUUGGCACUUGCUCGUAUAUCAAUCACAUCAUCACUAUGACAACAGUCUAUAUUCAGCAGCUGAAGAGCAAGACCAAAGAGAAGGAGAUGGCAGACCAGAGCCAGGCGGAGGAGUUUGUCCGUCAUGCGCUGGCUUUCUGCGAGAGCCUCUACGAUCCAUAUCGCAACUGGAGGCAUCGAACCUGCGGGGAGCAGCUUGGUACAGUAGAGAGGAGCAGACAGAAGUACAAGGCAGCUCCGCUCACUGUUGAGUUUGUUCCUUUCUUUUAUCAGUGCUUCCAGGAAAGCGAGCACCUGAAGGAGAGUCUCAAAUGCUGCCUGCUGCACCUGUUUGGAGCCAUAGUAGCUGGUGAUCAGAGAAACGCUCUGUUUGCCAUCUCUCCAGCCACCAUGGAGGUGUUGAUGCGGGUGCUGGCUGACUGCUCCAUGGGUAGCUGCUCUUCAGAUGAGGGCGAGGACUGGGACAGUGAGGCACCCGACCGUAAGGCGCUGCUGACUCUGGGCUGCCUGCGGGAGGUGGUGCAGCGCCUCCUGGCCUCAAGCUCUGACCAGCGGCAGGUCGAAAUCGCCUCUGUGCUAGAAAACUACUUCAAGCUGCUCAACUCAGACCCGGCAGCCGUUGUUGCCUCCCAACAGCAGCAGCAAGCCAAGGGCAAAGUGCUAACACUGGGCCGACACUGGGAGAGCCGAUUUGUGGCUCUGCAAGUAAACAUGCUCGACACUAUCAGGGACAUGUUCCUGUGUUCAGACAGGCCAGUUCUACAAGCCAUCUUCCUCAAUAGUAACUGUUUUGAGCAUCUGACACGACUGCUGCAGAAUAGCAAGCUGGUUAAUGCUAGGUGCACGGCGGCAGACAAGGACCAGAAAGAUAUAACCAACAACAGGUUACUGACAGGAGAGAGGGACACUCAGGUGUUUCAAGGGCGACUAGACCUUCUCGCUGUAGCAACUAUCAAAGCCCUGACAACAGUGAUGCACAAAUCACCAGCUGCAAAGGAGGUGUUCAAGGAGAGGAUUGGUUACAAUCAUCUGUAUGAAGUGCUCACCUCACUCGGCCAGCCAUCACGGCAUCUUCUCAAAGAGCUGAUGAACAUGGCGGUGGAGGGUGAGCACACCUCAGUGGGGCUCCUGGGCAUCAGUAACGUGGAGCCCUUGCUGCUGCUGGUCCAGUGGCUCCCAGAGCUGGACUCAUCCGAGCAGCAGCUUUUUACGGCUGAUUGGCUCCGCCGCCUCAGCUGCCUCAACCGCCAGACACGCGCCACCUGUGUCAAUGCUGCCAUGGUCAUGCAAGCGCUGGCAUGCCUGGAGCGUCACAAACAGCUACACCGAGCUUGCGCUGAGAGCCUACUGGGGCUGGUAGGCUCACUGGGCUCCCAGUCCUUGAGCGCUAGGGAACUUCUGGGUCUCCUGCUCCUCCUUAGACCUCUAGAGUCCACUCAAGCUCACCCCUAUGUAGGUCCUGCCCUAAGAGCCCUCUUGGCCAUGGUACGGAAGCAGGGCCUGGAAAGUGCCAUGCAGUACUUUGACCUGUCACCCAGCAUGGCUGGCAUAGUAGUUCCAACAGUGCAACGCUGGCCCGGCUCGGCCUUCAGCUUUCUCGCCUGGUUGUCACUAGAUCAGGACCAGCUGGGCCCACUCAGCAAGGACAAGAGGAAGCAGCUCUACAGCUUUUUUACCCCAGGAGGGACGGGGUUUGAGGCCUUCAUCAGCUCAGCGGGUGUGCUGGUUGUGGCUGUAUGCACAAAGAAGGAGUACGUCACAGUCAUGCUGCCCGACUACUGCUUUUGUGACUCUCUCUGGCAUAGCAUCGGUGUGGUGCACGUACCAGGAAAGAGGCCUUUUGGACAGAGUCUUGUGUACAUUUAUGUGGAUGGACAGCAGAAACUGUCUGCCCCCCUCAAGUAUCCUACCAUGACGGAGCCGUUCAUCUCCUGUUGCAUCGGUUCAGCAGGCCAACGGACCACCACUCCCCCGCCCUCCCAGAUCCCAGACCCUCCCUUCUCCUCCCCAAUCACACCCAGCACUCGCUCCUCGCUGGGCGCCAUCCUGUCGCCGCAGACCUGGGGGGGAUUGCUGGGUGGAAAGCCUGAGUCUGUGACUAAGCUCAUCUCUGCAGGGACCCAGGACAGUGAGUGGGGAAGUCCUACCUCCUUGCAGGGCCAGCUGGGAUGUGUUAUGGUCUUCCAUGAACCUCUGCAGCCCAACCACAUUAAAGCCAUCUGCAUUGCUGGUCCAAACUGUAUCUCUCAAUUCAAAGCCCAGGAAUCAGAAUUUGGCGACCUUUCGACCAAAUUGCUGUUGCAUUACUCGCCCAAGGCUUGUAGGAACCCCAUCUGUCUAGAUCUGUCCCCAAACAUGCUGCAUGGACGCCUGACUGGGAAUAAAGUCGUCAACUGGGAUAUUAAGGAUAUGAUCAACUGUGUGGGCGGCCUAUCGGUGCUCUUCCCUAUACUGGAGCAGUUGGCCCCGAUUACUCCUGAUCAACAGGCCAGUGAUCCUGCGGCUGGGUCAGAUUUAAUCACUCCCGAUGUGACCACGCCAGCGGAUGGAGAUUGGGUCAUUCUCCCAUCCAACAGGGCUUCAGAGGCACGCCUGGAGAAGAAUCUGGUGGCCACCUUCCUGUUGGUGCUGAAGCAUUUCUUGCAGAGACAUCCAAUCAACCAGGAGAAUCUGCUCCACUCGUAUUGUGUCAGUACGCUGGGAGCCCUGCUGCAGAAGCUGCCAGCAGGUCAUGUGGAUGUCAGCGUGCUGGUUGCUAUGCAGCUGCUGAUAGAGCAGGUGACAUAUGAGAAGAACCAGGCUCUGCUGCAGCAGCUUCACACACAUCUACUGUUCAACUUCAACAUCUGGAACAAAGGAGACUUCCCACUACGCAUAGGUCAUAUCCAGUACAUGUCCACUGUCAUCAAAGAUAACAGGAAGCAGUUCAGAAAAAAAUAUGGGGUUCAGUUCCUUUUGGACACCAUACGCCUUUAUUACGGGAAGAACAGUCAUAAAGACAGUGACUUGAGUGAGGAUGACGUUCGUACCAUCCGGGCAUCUCUCUGUGGCCUCAUCAAGUACUACAUCAGCAAGGGCAUGUCACAGGAGGAGAUUCACAGCGUUCUGGGAUACAUGGCUGCCAUUGGAGACGAGGAACAGUUGUGUGGGCUGCUGGAGUUGUUACUCAGCCUUCUUCAGACCAGUCUGGCCAGGGACCAGCUCUUCCUUCUCCUCUUUGAGCCCGGAGCGGCCGAUUCCUGUUACGCUCUAAUUCUCAACAACAAGCACUCAGAUCGACUCCGAGAGCUUGUGUUCAAGUUGUUUGAGCGCAUGUUGCGCUGUGACCGCGUCUAUGAAAAGAAUAAGCAGCGUUUGCGGCUGAGGGAAGCAGGUUAUGCUGGCCUGUCACUGCUCUUCUCCGAACUUCACAUCACUCCGACACUGAUCCGCUGUCUCCUUAACCAGGUCCUCCACACAGAUAAUGUGGUGAACUACAAGGACCUGAUGGCACUGGCCCAGCUCACUCACCGGGCUGGACCCAGUGUACGCCUCCUUGUCUGCAAGAGGAUUCACCAGCUGCUACUAUCCCAAACAGAUGUUGCCGUUCAGAUCUCAAAGCAGCAGUGUUGGCAGGACACUCUCAUGCGACUUUACCUGCGGGGAGAUGGGUCCCUGCCAUUUCGGGCCACUGACACCAUAAGCGCCUGCAGCCUGGACCUGAGCCGGCCCAGUGGCAGCAGCACCAACCGCCUUGAGCUGCCACUGGAGAGGAGGGCGCGGGCAGGCAGUGCUGGCCGCCUGGACCGGUUAGAGGAUGACCGGCUCAGCGUAGGUGACACUCGCUCCGUGGACAGCCUGGAGAACGGCGACGUCAUCUCGCUGCUGGACACGCCAUCUUCCUCUGCCUCCACCGAGCCGCAACUACACGUCAAGCCCUGGGUGGUGGGAAAGUCAGGAGGCUUGAUGCUGGAUCUGUCCCACCUGCAGGCCUAUGAAGGCGGGGAGAGCGGCAGCCAAACACCUGGUAGCAUGCCUAGCACACCUUCUCCACUGGAGACCUCCAAGCCUUUCCCAGGGAGCAUCGGGGAUCAAGAUGCAACUUCCUCCCUGACUGAAGACAGCUUUCUCUUCAGCGACAACAUCUCACUGGGAGAGUCCUUCAACAAUGCUGAGCGGGCGGAGGAAGAGCUGUGUACCACGCUGCUAGAGAUUGUGCUGUGUGUGAUGUGGCGUGGGGUAGAAGGUUCAGAUGAUUCAGCAUGGCUGGAGCGCGGACAGGUCUUCUCAGCUCUCACCAAACUGGCAACUGCGAACGAGCUGCUGCUUCCUGUCGACCAAAUCAAACUCAGUCUUAUGGAACGUAUGUUAGAGUGGGCGGUGAGUGAUAACCGCCAGGCAUCAGUCGCCACAUUGCCACAGCACACGGAGAACGCAGUGCGGUUGCUUCACAUGGUACAAGACUUCCUUCAGGCGGAGGGCCUGGUCAAUCCAGCACUGUGGACGGAGAAGGUGCUGGAGGAGACGGUGACGCUGAUGGACAGCCUCAUGGUGUGGUACUCUGCUGGCACCCAGUGGUUCCAGCUCUCCCAAGUUGGACUUAGACUGCUGCUGGGCUUCAUGGCUCAGGAGGACCCUAAAGUGUGUGCCAUGGCCACUGCCAAGCUCAAUGGCAUCCUGCAGACCAAAGAGGUGUCAAGCCAGGACGAGGCCUGCUACCUGCUAGGUAAGGUGGAGGGCAUUCUGCGUCGAUCCAUCCAGGAGCAAACGGAGACGUACUCCUUCCUUGUUCCUCUGCUGCGAACGCUGCUCUCCAAAGUCCACCGCCUCCUCUACAUGGAGCUGCACCUCCCCCAGCUCCCCGACAACAAUGGCAGUCCGUCCUUCUUUGAGGACUUCCAGCUGUACUGCAACUCACCUGAGUGGCGUGUCUACCUUGACAAAUAUAUUAUUCCGUACAUGAAGCAGUAUGAAAUUGAAACAUUCAGCCAGGGCCAUGAGACCAUGGCUCUCUACUGGAAGGAGUGCUACGAGGCUUUCAUGGUCAGCCUCCAUAAGAGAGAGAGGGAAAGAGGUGAAAGUAAGAUCCGCUUCCAGGAGCAAUUUCUGGAGCCUUUUUCACGCCGAGGCCGCCAGGAGAACUUACGCUACAACAGCAUGUUGAAGCAGCAGCACAGCCAGAACAGUGCCACCCUCAGGCAGUGGAAGGCAGCACGCCGGGGUCUGGUGUGCGAGAGAGGGCCCUGGGCUGACAGGCACCAGGAUGAGAUGCACUGGAGGGUUUCUAGUGCUGAGAACUUUUCCCGCAUGAGGCUGAAGCUGGUCCGUAAUUACAACUUUAACCCACACCGAGAGGCCAGCGCUCUGAGAGACAACCUGGGUGUCCAUCAGCAGCGUGUAAACCCAGAGUCUCUGCUGCUGGAGGCUGUGAAGCAGGUCAAAGUCAGCGACUUGGAAGACGACAUCCUGGAGCUGCCAGAGGACGACCCUGCUGCUGCUAACAGCCAAGUUGAAGCCGAGGAGGCAGGCCAGAAGGAGAAGCUGGUGCUGUGGGAGGACUGCGAGCUAGUGACGGUGGUGGACGUGGUGCCCGGCCGCUUGGAACUCACCACCCAACAUAUCUACUUUUACGACAGUAGCCAAGAGAAAGAGGAAGGAGUGGGCCACGACUUCAAAUGGCCCCUGUCUCAGAUCCGAGAGGUCCACCUGCGGCGUUAUAACUUACGUCGCUCAGCCCUGGAGAUCUUCCUCAUUGACCAGACCAAUUACUUCCUCAACUUCAAGAAGGAGGUGAGGAACAAGGUCUAUAGUCGCAUGCUGCUGCUGCUGCGAUCCCUUAGUCUUUAUGGAACCCGCUCACCACAGGAGCUCCUCAAAGCCUCUGGACUAACACAGAAAUGGGUGAACCGGGAGAUUUCCAACUUUGACUACUUGAUGCAACUCAACACAAUUGCAGGCAGAACAUACAACAACUUGGCUCAGUAUCCAGUGUUCCCCUGGAUUCUAGCUGACUACACCUCCGAGGAGCUGGACCUGUGUGAUCCUCGGGUGUUCAGGGACCUGUCAAAGCCAGUGGCUGUUCUUAACGAACGUAAUGCCAAGGCUGUUAGAGAGAAGUAUGAAAGUUUCGAGGACCCAACAGGCACCAUCGACAGAUUCCAUUAUGGCACCCAUUACUCAAAUGCUGCCGGAGUGAUGCACUACUUGAUAAGAGUGGAGCCCUUCACCUCCCUGCACAUCCAACUACAGAGUGGACGGUUUGACUGUGCCGACCGCCAGUUCCACUCUAUCCCUGCGACAUGGCAGACCCUAAUGGACAACCCCAAUGAUGUCAAGGAGCUCAUCCCAGAGUUCUUCUACUUCCCAGAAUUCCUUGAGAACCAAAAUGGUUUUGAUCUGGGUCGCCUGCAGAUCUCCAAGGAAAGGGUAAAUGACGUUGUUCUGCCCAAAUGGGCCAAGUCCCCAGAGGACUUCAUCUACAAGCACCGCAAAGCUCUGGAGUCGGAGUACGUAUCAGCCCAUCUUCACGAGUGGAUCGAUCUGAUCUUUGGUUACAAGCAGAGGGGUCCUGCAGCGGUGGAGGCCCUCAACGUCUUCUACUACUGCACAUAUGAAGGGGCAGUGGACCUGGAUGCCAUCACUGAUGAAAAGGAGCGUAAGGCUCUGGAAGGCAUGAUCAGCAACUUUGGACAGACACCCUGUCAGUUACUCAAGGAGCCCCAUCCAGUGCGUCUGUCUCAGGAGGAAGUGGAAAAGAGGAAAGCUCUUCUAGACUCAUGUCCUCUAAGCAUGUUCGAACACCUCAGCGACCUCAAGUCCUUCUUUGUUGAGGGCAUCAGCGACAAUGUGCCGCUGGUUAAGGCCGUGGUCCCAAAGAAUCAGUCCCAUUCCUUCAUCACUCAGGGGAGCCCUGAUACCAUGGUAACAGUUAGUCAGAACUGCCUGGUUGGGACCCAUGGGUGGCUGCCUUACAACAAGAACAUCUCCAACUACUUCACUUUUAUCAAGGACCCCACAGUGUCCAAUGCCAAAACCCAGCGUUUCCUCUCUGGACCUUUCGCCCCUGGCAUGGAGGUAACAGCAGGGCUGUUUGUGGUCUCACACGAUGGCAAGUUGCUCUUCAGCGGUGGCCACUGGGACAACAGCCUCCGGGUCACCUCCCUUGUUAAGGGCAAGACUGUGGGACAGCACAUCCGACACAUGGACAUUGUGACCUGCUUGUCAACAGACCACUGUGGCAUCCACCUGAUCUCUGGCUCCAGAGACAAAACCUGCAUGGUGUGGCAGGUUCUGCAGCAGGGUGGAGCUCCAGUGGGUCUUUAUCCCAAACCAGUACAGGUGUUGUAUGGACACACGGACGAGGUGGUCAGUGUUAGUAUCAGCACAGAGCUGGACAUGGCUGUGUCUGGAUCACGUGAUGGGACAGUGAUCAUCCACACGGUGCGCCGGGGUCAGUACAUGCGUUGCUUGCGCCCGCCGUGCGACAGCUCCCUGCCACUCUCUAUUCUCCACCUGGCCGUGUCCUGGGAGGGUCACCUUCUGGUCCACACCUGCAUCGAGGGCAAAGCAACACUAAAGGAUAAAAAUGCCCUCCACCUUUACUCUGUAAAUGGAAAGCACCUCGGCAGCGAGCCUUUGAAGGAGCAGGUGACUGAUAUGUGUGUUUCAGGGGAGUAUGUAGUCAUCGGCAGCGAGCAGGGAUACCUGUCCAUCCGUGACCUCUACAGUCUGUCUCUGUGUACGGAGCCCAUGGCCAUGAGGGUGCCUGUGCGUUGCGUCUCGGUCACUAAGGAGCAGAGCCACGUCCUGGUGGGCCUGCAGGAUGGCAAGCUGAUCAUCGUGGGCGUGGGCAAGCCGGCGGAGAUGCGUUCGGGCCAGAUCACAAGGAAGCUGUGGGGCUCCAGCAAGAGACUGACCCAGAUCUCCUCGGGGGAGACUGUGUACAACACCCAGCACAACAACAACUGAACCCCUCCCAGUCCCCGAACCCUGAACCCUCCCCUCCAUGCACAUCCAACAUUCCUGUCACCCAUACCUUUUGUUCACCAAACAGUUUGCUUCAUUUUGUCUGAGGAACUCCCUUCAGGUCCUCCAGUACCUUUUCACAGUUUAAUAGGUAGUAUUCUGGGUUGCUAGAGCAUUGCGCAUCAGCAUUUGUCUGUUAUGUUUGUCUGUGUCAAUAUUUCUGCUUUGGAUUGAGCAUAUGGCGCUGGCGCUGUGGUUCAAGUCCAGAAGUAGUGUCAUCCUCGGCACCACCACCAACCCAAACACCAUGGCUCUUAAUCCCUCACACGUGUGUAUGUGUGUGCAUGCAGCAUAUUGCCAUGCUCUAUGUUAAAAUAUGGUUUCAAGUGUCCUUUUUCCCCUCCCUUAGUUUGCCUUUGAUGCGGACAGGCGGGCCUUUGAUCUGUAGGCCGAGACUUUUCAUGAUUGCCUCAAAGCUGCCACGCAGCAGCCUUAUGCAGUAAGAAGGCUCCAUCACUUACAAUACCAAACCUUCUGUCUUUCCUAUUCGUUAUAUAUAUAUAUAUAU